AUGUUUCGGGCAUUGGGUAAUGGCCAUGGAGGGUUUGACAUGAACAUAAAUUUGGCAUUAGCCACCAGAGAUGAAGUUGAAAUGGAAGACACUGAGGAAGCCUCAAUUGGAGGAUACAAGUCAAAUCCCAACCAAGUCACGCGGGGCGUCUCUAGAGGCACCAUUGAAAAGCUCGAGCGGAAGAGCUACUCUGUUGGGGAAGCUGAUGGAUGCUGUUCUAUUUGUUUAGAGGAACUAGAUGAGAAAUAUAGAGUGAAGGAGAUAUCAUGUUCGCACCUAUUGCACAAUAGGUGCAUUGUCAAGUGGCUCGAGAGGAAUAAUUCGCGUCCAUUAUGUCGUGGCAAAGUACAAGUACAAGAUUCAGAGUAG